AACCAGAACUAAUAAAUUCUCCUCAAGAUAAGAGAAAAACCAGGAGGAGGAAGAAGAAGACUUACAUUUGGACUUGGAAUUCACACACCCCAAAUUUCAUUCCAUUAAUGAAAAGAAUUUAAGGCACUUAAAAGCCCCCAACUAAUCCCUCAUCUAGUUGGUUCUAGUUGGUGUUUGCAUUAACUCUUUUCCACCCACCACCUUUGAUGAUCAUAUAAAUAUUAACCUCCUCAUCACAUCCCCUCUUCACAAGAAUAUAUGCCAAUCCCAUCAUCCGCCAUGGCUAGCGAACGAGAUCUCUUGUCCACAGAGAUUGUGAACCGUGGGAUUGAGUCUUCAGGCCCCAAUGCUGGCUCUCUCACGUUCUCAGUCAGAGUCCGAAGGCGGCUGCCGGACUUUCUGCAGUCAGUAAACCUAAAGUAUGUGAAGUUGGGCUACCACCACCUCAUAAACCAUGCCAUAUACUUGGCCACAAUUCCUGUGCUCGUGCUGGUUUUCAGUGCUGAGGUUGGGAGUUUGAGUAAGGAGGAGCUGUGGAAGAAGCUUUGGGACGAUGCACGUUAUGACCUUGCAACUGUGCUUGGUUUCUUUGGUGUUUUUGUCUUUACUUUGUCUGUCUACUUCAUGUCAAGCCCUCGCUCCAUCUACCUUGUUGAUUUUGCUUGCUAUCGCCCUCAUGACGACCUUAAGGUGUCCAAGGAUCAGUUCAUAGAGGUAGCACGAAAAUCGGGCAAGUUCAAUGAGGAAAGCCUAGAAUUCCAGAAGAGAAUUCUGAACUCAUCAGGCCUAGGGGACGAGACAUACAUCCCAAAAUCAGUUAUCACGUCGACCGAAAACACGGCAACCAUGAAAGAAGGCCGAGCAGAGGCCUCAGCAGUAAUGUUUGGGGCACUCGAUGAGCUCUUCGAAAAGACCAGGGUCCGUCCGAAGGACAUAGGUGUCCUAGUAGUAAACUGCAGCAUCUUCAACCCUACGCCAUCCUUAUCAGCCAUGAUCAUAAACCACUACAAAAUGAGAGGCAACAUUUUGAGCUACAAUCUUGGCGGUAUGGGCUGCAGUGCCGGGAUCAUAGCAGUUGAUUUGGCUAGGGACAUGCUUCAGGCCCAUCCUAAUAACUAUGCUGUGGUGGUGAGUACUGAGAUGGUGGGAUAUAACUGGUACCCUGGUAGUGACAGGUCCAUGCUCAUUCCUAAUUGCUUUUUCCGCAUGGGGUGCUCUGCCGUGCUGCUUUCAAAUCGCCGCCGUGAUUACCACCGUGCCAAGUACCGGCUAGAACACAUCGUUCGUACACAUAAAGGCGCCGAUGACCGGAGUUUCAGGUGUGUGUACCAAGAGGAAGAUGAAAAUAGAUUGAAGGGGCUGAAGAUCAGCAAAGAACUAGUGGAAAUUGGUGGCGAUGCUUUGAAAACCAACAUCACAACUUUGGGACCUCUAGUCUUGCCCUUCUCAGAGCAGCUCCUCUUCUUUGCUACAUUGGUUUCAAGGCACUUGUUUUCUGGUGGAGGCACUUCACAGCCAUCUUUAUCGUCGGGGAAGAGGCCAUACAUCCCCGAUUUCAAGCUUGCAUUCGAGCGCUUUUGCGUCCAUGCAGCGAGCAAGACAGUGCUAGAUGAGCUGCAGAAAAACCUUGAGCUUAGUGAGGAGAACAUGGAGGCUUCUAGGAUGACACUACACCGUUUUGGCAACACGUCAAGCAGCAGCAUAUGGUAUGAGCUGGCUUAUUUGGAAGCAAAAGAGAAGGUGAAGAGAGGAGACAGGGUUUGGCAAUUGGCAUUUGGUUCUGGAUUCAAAUGCAACAGUCUUGUUUGGCGGUCCAUGCGCCGCGUUAGGAAGCCUUCUAGAAAUCCAUGGCUUGAGUGCAUUGAAAGAUACCCAGUGAAUCUCUAAGCUAAGCUGGAGAUAAAUGUGUUCUUCUGAGAAUUACAAAGGUAGAGAGGCCUAAUUUUUCUUGGAUGACAGUGAUGAGAAGAAGAAGUGACUGUUACAAACUUUCCUUUACAAUAUUGCAUUUGCUUUUUCUUUUUUUUUCUUCUCAAUUAUCCUUUUGGCUUUUGGUCAGAAUUUUAAUUAGGAUAUCGGCAAGUCAGGCAUAGUAAUGUGCUGCUUCUUUCUUUGUAAAGUAAUUAAUAUGAAGGUAUUUGAAUUUUGGUACUUCUGAAUCUGUUUA